AGAGAAAAAGGGAAGAAAUAAGCAAACGAGGGCCGAUUUCCAGUUCAGUUCUCUCUCUCUUUCUCUCUCUACAUUUUCUCUCUCUUCAUCUUCCCCAGAAACACUGCUCUGCUUCUUUUCUACACUUUAUAUUCAUCUUACCCGCAACAUAUACUUUUGCUUUCUUGUUGCUUGAAUCUUCAUCUACUCCGUUUUAAUUUCAGAGAAAAAAAGGAAAUUCGGAUUAAGAAGUCGAGGAAGAAUUUACAGUUUUGGUGAGAGAGAAUUGAGGGGGGCGGGGGGCAAUUUAAUUUAUCUAGGGGGCGAAGGAAAGAAAGAUCUUCAAUUAGUUGAAUCUGUUGAUGGAACAGCUUAUCAACUUCAUUAUAAGGCCGCCCAGAGCUGAGUAUAAUCCAAAAAAUGAUUUGUUAGAUCAAGAAUUUAUGCUGAAAAGCAGGUGGUACCAGAGGAAAGAUUUGGAGAUUGUAAAUGUUAGAGGAGAUACUCUCCAAUGCAGCCACUACGUUCCUAUUAUCUGUCCCGAUGGAAAUCCACUGCCCUGUGUGAUCUAUUGCCAUGGAAACAGUGGUUGUCGAACAGAUGCUAGUGAAGCUGCUAUUAUAUUGUUGCCAUCAAAUAUAACUGUUUUCACUCUCGAUUUCUCCGGUUCGGGACUUUCUGGAGGAGAGCAUGUUACCUUGGGCUGGAAUGAAAAGGACGAUCUAAAAGCUGUGGUUGAUUAUCUACGGGAAGAUGGGAAUGUUUCUUUGAUUGGUUUAUGGGGCCGCUCUAUGGGUGCUGUUACUAGCUUGAUGUAUGGAGCUGAAGAUCCUUCCAUAGCAGGAAUGGUUUUGGACAGCCCCUUCUCUGAUUUGGUUGACUUAAUGAUGGAAUUAGUCGAUACUUACAAAGUCAGGCUACCUAAAUUCACUGUUAAGUUUGCAAUCCAAUUUAUGCGGAGAGCAAUUCAAAAAAAGGCAAAAUUUGACAUUACGGACCUCAACACUAUAAAGGUUGCAAAGUCGUGCUUCGUACCAGUUCUUUUCGGUCAUGCCAUUGAUGACGAUUUCAUACAACCCCAUCACUCAGAUCGUAUAUUUGAUGCUUACGUGGGGGACAAGAAUAUAAUUAAAUUCGAGGGUGACCACAAUUCUCCCCGGCCCGAAUUUUAUUUCGAUUCUAUAAGUAUUUUUUUCAACAAUGUAUUACAACCCCCGGUGAAUGAAGUAGGGAGUACAUAUUUUGACUUGACUAAUCAGUAUUUUUCCAAGGAUAAUUGGAGUACCAUACAUGAUCUCGAUUAUUCUGAUGAAUUAUUGGGACCCGCACAUGCUGAUCCAGCAACUAGUAGCAACGAUGAUGCCAUUAAUUUACUUCGUUCGAAAAGACCUAUGAGUUCCAUAGUGGUUCCUUCAGAUAUUUCAUCCAAAGAUAAGCAACCCGAUGCCCAGGUGGAGAGUAGGGGUUUGGAUUCUCAGGCAUCAUCUUCUAAUAUGAUAAGCUUUGAACUAUCGAGCACCAGUCCGCGCGGUUCUCUGCCUGCAUCAAUAGACGAUGAUGAAUAUGUCGAAUACUCACUCGACACUUUGGCCGAUUUCCCAACCAAUGUCGAAGAAGAAGAAAGGAUGCUCAUGGUAGCUGUGCUGGAGUCACUAAAAGACAUGGAUGUGGGACCCCCUCGAGUCGAAGAAUCAUCGAAAGAUUCUUUAUCUACUCAAACCGAUUCCAUUAAAACUGAGCAAGUUUCCACCUCAGCAACCGAUUGUGAUACACUGGAAUCACAAACCCCACUUCCAAAUCCCGAUAUUCUUGACAAAAAUCAUCCAAACGAGCCCUUAAUUGAAAUAAAGAACAUAACAACCAAAGACACUGCUCCGUCUCGGAAAGAGGAAGAAAAAGCAAGAGAGGUGACAUCAUCAUAUAGUGAUGCACCGUUGGCCAAUGGGGGUUCGUCAGAAGCUGACAUGGCGGAUCGUACGAAGGUAACUUUGGAAGUCGAGAAAACACCGACCAAUAAUAUCAUGGAUGGUUUAUUACGGCGUUGGGAUCUCAAUUUCUUUCGUAACAGAUGAUUUAUUUAUUAUAUGACAUUGUUUAAAAAAAGAAAAGAAAAAGAUAGAAUUGAAUAUGUUUGGAAAGUGUAUUAUGUGGUGUGGGAAAUGAUGUUUGAUUGGUUGGUAGAUAAUAGUGUUUGUGAAUUAGUUUGGGAGUGGAUGGAAAAUAUGAUACAAGAACAGAGAAAUAUGUAGAGAAUGCUCUCUCCAAAUGAUAGUUUUAUUUUUCUUUCUUUU